AUGACGGAAAGAUACAGCUUUAGUUUGACAACUUUCAGGUACUUUUUAUUCCUUUUUUCUUUUCCUUUUCCCUCAUUUAUGGUUUGAAAUUAAUUGAAAACAGUCUAGCUAGUUGUCUACGGAAUUAGAUGGAGAUUGAGUGAAAAAUAUCCAUGAAAUCGAUGCCCGGAUUUUCGGCUUUCGAUGAAAACUUUGGGUUUUUGGUUAAAAAGAGAGGAUGAAAUUAAUCACAUUGUCUUGCUGUUAAUUUUUUUCUUACCCCUUAUGAAGGUUUUUUUUUGACGGUUGUAAGACGUUAAAGACGUUAAAUAGUGAAGAUGUUUUAAUUGCCCAUCGAUUCUUUCGUAGUCAUGUUUAAGCUCCAGUAGAGUUAGCACGUGUCAGGUGUUUUCGAAUGUCAAUUUCACUGCGGCAAAGGCAGGGGAUUUUUUUAAAGCCGUGAAUAGUACUAGCCAGCCCAUCAGAACAAUUUUAUUUAAACAAUGAUUGAAAAAGAAAACAGACAUAAGCACAGUAUCUGUGAUCAUCAAACUUGUUUGCAAUAAACCCCUUAAUCCUGUUGAGGGUGGUGGAAGGUAAGGGUGAGGGGUGGGGGUUGUUGUUAUCUGGAGCUCCUUAUUCUGAAUUAGUCUGAAUUCAUUUUUUUUGUACCCAUACUCUCUAGAAGCCUAAAUUCGCCACCAUAUCUCAGACACGGGACUGUUUUACAUAUAUCCCUAUUUGCCCUUCCCCUCCUCCUCAUCAUUGCCAUGACCAUUUUAAAGUUGCCAUUAUUUUCAUUGUCACCAUCAUUGUAAGUGGCAGCAUUAUGUGUGUUCUAAUUUUUAACAAUUUUGUCUGUCCCCAAUAAUCUCUAGUCCCUCAGGAAAGCUUGUCCAGAUUGAAUAUGCUCUGGCAGCAGUUGCUGCAGGAGGACCUUCAGUGGGAAUAAAAGGUAAACUGACAUGCCAACAUGAACUUCAUAAAAUGUCUUUUGAGUGUUGUCAUUGCAUUAUCCAGUACAGUAAAACCCCUCUGUACGGACACCUGCCUAAUACCAAUACUCGUGUAUACCAGAGAUUAUGUUUGUGCUGACAAAAAGCUCAAAUGUUUUCCCUAACAUUAACCUGCUCACUACAGACAUCGGUUAAUACGGACAAUGGACACCAUUCUGGGUCCUGAGUUACAAACCCUCAUAUAUCAUCUAACCCCCUUUUACAGACACCAGUUGCCUGCACAUUGUGUAUUUCAUUGUCACAAUAAAAUUUAUAAUAUGUACUUAUUGCAGACAUUGUACUCAGUUAAAAUGAUGACAGAUUUCUAUGAGUUAAAUUAUUUUAGUAGCAAAAUUGCUUGACAUGUUUGAAGUCCGUCUUUCUUCCCUUGUUUGACCCUUGUACUGAAGCCGUUAAACAAAGUUGUUACCUCCUACUACACAAGUUUGACGCUCUUAGCAUUUUGUUGUAGUCUUGGGUCCCACCAUUCUUCCUCUUUGUCUGUUUUAGGCAUAAAACAAACACCUGGGUACUAUGGACUUAAUGACAUGUCCACAUUAACCGGGUUCCACUGUAUUGUAAUACAUGUAGCUCACCAAACUACCAAAUUGAUUGUCUUCAACAAAUCAACAUCCCUUGUUUACAUUCUUAGAAGUCAGAAAAAUGGUGUCAGAAAACUCAGUUGGCCCUGGUUGUGGUUUUACUGGAAAUGGGACUGUUUCAUUUUUUACGCAGACACAGAAGUUUUUUCUUUUAUUUUUUUUUCAGCAGAGUGCAAUUGAGAAUGUUUGACUGAAACUCAGUCUAGAAAUGUUUUAUAAGUAUACUGGAUAAAUGGAAUGGCUCAGACAUUUCAACUCCCUUUGCAGCAAAAUAGGGAGACACUUUUUAGCUCCGAAGGAGCUGAUAUAUACAUGUAUCAGCUAAGAAAUGAGCCUCUAGGAGGUUCGCCCCAGAAAAUUUGGCAAAUUAAGGUUCUCUUAAGUGCCAUUUCGUUCAUUUUGAGAUCAUUUCUGAGUUAUUCUAUAGGGUCUUUAUUCUUAUCAUAGUGUAAUAUCUAAUGCUUUACCCUCAGUAAAACCAUUGUUCAAACCUAAGGAAAAGUUUUGAAAGGUUACAGGCAACUUAGCUUGUCAAUCCACUUAUCCUUACAUUUGUGUGUGUUAUUUCUUAAGCCUCCAAUGGAGUUGUCCUUGCUGCUGAGAAGAAACAGAAAUCUGUUCUGUACGAUGACAGCACAAUCAACAAAGUGGAAAUGGUAACCAAAAAUGUUGGUAUGGUUUACAGUGGAAUGGGACCAGACUAUAGGUAUGGAUAAAGGAUGAUGGACCUUGAUGGAUUGAGGUUUUAGGGUUGAUUUAACGUUUACCAUAUUAAACACUGUCCUGAUCACCUAAUACACUCCAGCGAUAUAAUUUAACUCUUGGUAGCCCUGGCUAUUAGAACUUGUUGGCCCCUGGCAAAUUAUUUUUCCUCAGGGCGACUAAAUGUAACUUAUACAGUUUGUAGGUAAAAUGUGUUCUCAGAUUAAGCCAUUAGUCAACCUAUGUUAGCAACCUACGUUAGUGUGAUUCAGAAUUUCUUUUGUUUCCUAGCCUGAAUUAUUCAUAAGAGACAAAUGAAAUUCUUGUAUAACCCGAGAACUGAUUUUUAGUGAAGCAUAAACACUUAGCACCCAAGAUUUGAUAAGUUUAGAGGUUUUGCGCUUAUACCUUUUCUUUGAUUACAUCUUUGACUAGUAUUAUUAAUGAUAACAAAGCACACUAAGCAAAACUUUUAAUCCUAACUUACCUGAUAAAAAAUUAACUUGAUUUUCACGGUUAAGUGUACUUGUUGCUCGCAUAUGCAUGAUGUCAAAUAGUAUGCUUCUUUUCUUGCAGAGUUCUCGUACGUCAUGCCAGAAAGAUUGCCCAACAGUAUUUUUUAAUGUAUCAGGAAGAAAUCCCUACAGCUCAGCUGGUUCAAAAGGUUGCAUCUGUCGUUCAAGAAUAUACUCAAUCAGGGUAAAAAAAUGUUUAUUUCUUUCUGUGCGAAGUAUCAUGUCUGUACUCCUUUGGUACUUCUGCAGAAUUUAUUAUUAUUAUAUUUUUUGAACAGUUUUUAUUGAAUUAAAGACAAGUUUUACAAUGUUAUUUAAGAAUAAACAUUAAUUAAAUAAAUCAAAUUAUAUAAUUCUACUUAAAAAAAGAAAAAAGAAAAAGGAUAACAAUAACAACGAAAAAUAUAUGUAUAUAUUACAACAAAGACGAUAACAAUAAAGAUGCCUGCUAAUUUUUACGAACCUCUGUGUAUCAACUACUACUAAGUGCAUUAGUUACCUUCUCCCAUUUUUGAAAAUGAAAAAUUUAUAUAAAUGAAGAAUUUAUACGCUGCAGCCAGACUCCACUCACUGAACUACUGGAGACUAUAACAGUGGCUUUUGAGGUGAAAACAUUUCAGAAUAUUUUUUUGCUCUUCUAGAAUAGAAGAGUAUGGAAGUAAAUUCGUAUUGUCAUUUUCAGUGGUUCUGGAAAUAAAAGAGAACAGCAGUUGACGCUAUAAAAUAAUAUAAUAUUGUGAAAAGUAGCUUGUUUUAGGACUUUAGAGGUGCUAACAUCGCUUAUCAUGUCUAUUUUCAGUGGUGUGCGGCCAUUUGGUGUGUCUCUUCUUGUUGCUGGCUGGGAUGACGACAGACCUUAUUUAUUUCAGUGUGAUCCUUCUGUAAGUCCAAUUAAAUUGUUCUUAAACCUUUCUGACAUGGCUUUCAAUAAGACCUGGAGCACCAUUUGGAGUUCCAGCACAUACAUGUAUGUGUAUUGUGUUGUGAAUCACCAUCUACAUUAAUCCAUGCUAGAUCUGCCUCAGACUGUCAACUACUUUAGCUUGCUCUGACCCCCCCUCCCCCUAUCAAUUUUUUAACAGUUGUUGAUUUGCCAAGCUUAAGCGAUAAAAGGUUCUUUAAGUUUUGAAGUGUUACUGUGCUUCAUACCUGUAACAUGAUUUUGGCUGUGUUGACUUCUGAGCCAACUCUCCCCACAUGUGUUAUGGGAAAUGUAUAGAGAAUAGAGAGGAGAAUAUCCAUACUGAUAUUGUGGAUUGAGUAAGUUUUGUUAAGCAAUCUCAUUUUUAUCUCAGGGCUCCUAUUUUGCUUGGAAGGCCACAGCCAUGGGUAAAAACUAUGUGAAUGGGAAAACAUUCCUGGAAAAGAGGUACAAAAUUUAUUUGGUGUACAGUGUAAUUUAACCCUUUAAGUCCCAAUGGUGACCAACAUCAAUUUUCUCCUAACAAUAUCCAUAGAUUGUCAAGAGAUUAGGUUAUGAGAAUUAAUUAAAUGAUCAUGUAAGACAAAAUGCAUUGAUCUUUUGUCAAAUUCUCAACACAUUCUUUAAGGAAGUAUAUAGAGAUCAGUUUGGAGAAUUUGUAUGUGGAUAUUGGGGCUUAAAGGGUUAAGGAUCGAUUUAGGUUUCUGGGAAACUGCCCACCUACCCCUCCCCUAAGCCAAGAGUAAUUCUUACUUCUCACUUGGGGCAAAAUUUUGCCUUAGGGGAGGGGUGGGUGGGCAGUUUCCCAGAAUCUAAGUUGAUGAAGUGAAAUGGUAUUAUUUUUAUUUAUGUUGGUUGUUUCUCUAUCUUUCAAGAUACAAUGAGAAUUUGGAACUAGAAGAUGCCAUUCACACCGCCAUUUUAACUCUCAAGGUAAGAAUCGGUCAGUUGUAAUUAAAACUUUUCACAAGAAAUGGCCUAGUUAAAACAUAAGUAUGUAUUUGUGAGAAAAUGCAAGGAGUGACAGGCUACACAUCCUUACUGACGUGAAACCUUGUGUUAACCUUUUAUCUUUAAGCUUUCUUUAGGGAUUUUCCUUUUCUUGUAGGAAAUGAUAGGUUGUUCUUUAAAAAUUUGGUGAAGUAACGGUUGGUUUUGUAUAAGAUUCCAUUUUUUUCAUUAAAACUUCUUCUUCCCAACCAAUUCUUGGAAUGGAAUGGUAUUCCGUCACGGAGAAAACCUCUGCUUAUGGUUAAGAAAAAGUUGACCUACCCAUCAGCCCAUUUACAUGUAGAUAACCUUGUUGCUCGUCUCGCGAAUCUGACAUUUGCUUGGUGAGCAUCCCUUACACUUUUGUAACCUGUGAGCAGGCGUACUUGUGGAAUUCAGGGAAAAUGUUGAGCCUGCUCACAGGCUACUGCCUUUGGUCUUGUUGUGGUUGACUUGUGGCCAGUCUACAUGUGAGGUUGAUGAGAAAAAAUGACAAGGCAACUUUACCGAGUACUUAUAAGUCAGGUUCCCAGUCUACUUAUGAUUGAUCAUCCAAUCUUUCACUCCUUACAAAAAUGUUAUAACCUGUAUCUUUCUUUUUCACAGGAGAGUUUUGAGGGACAAAUGACAGAAGACAACAUUGAAAUAGGAGUAUGCAAUGAUCAAGGCUUCCGUCGUCUUACUCCUGCAGAAGUGAAAGACUAA